UGAUUCGACAAUUAUCUCUCGAUCGGAUAUACAAGUUUUAUUAAACAUGGCGGCUACCGUAGCACAGAAAGAUGUUAGUACAUUUUUAAGAUCAAAACAAAAUGUUUCAGAUAAAGAAUUGGCGGAAGAAUGGGCGGAACUCGAUACUCUUUACAAUAAAAGACUUUGGCAUCAACUAACUCUUAAAUUGGAAACCUUUGUAAAACAUCCGUUAUUGCAAAAAAAUGAUAAUCUUAUACAAUUGUAUAUUAAUUUUCUGUCAACAUUUGAAAACAAGAUAAAUCCAUUGUCAUUGGUUGAAAUAAUGGCGCAUGUAAUACAACAAUUUCAAGAUAAACAAGAAGCGAUCAAAUUCUUAGAGAAAACAGAAUCCAAAGUUAAAAGCAAUAAUGAGGCAGUAGCUCUAUGCAAAGUUCUUACAGGACAAAUUUUACUUGACAAAUUAAAUAAUCAAGAGCUAGCAAAAAAAAUUAUAGAAGAUGUUGAAAUCAUGCUUGAUAAUGCUGAUGGAGUUACCACUGUUCAUGGCAGAUUUUAUCUUCUGGCUAGUAGAUUGUAUAGAUUACAAGGAAAACACGCAGAAUAUUAUCGUACUGCAUUAAGAUACCUAGGAUGUAUUGAUUUACAUAGCUUGGAUAGACAGGAACAAGAACAGCAUGCAUUUUUCCUUGGACUUGCUGCAUUAUUAGGAGAAGGAGUUUACAAUCUCGGGGAAUUACUUGCCCAUCCAGUUUUAGAAUCAUUGAAAGAUACACCUAAUUCCUGGUUGAUAGAUUUACUACAAGCUUUCAAUGCUGGUGACAUUGUUGCAUUAGAAAAAUUAAAACCACAAUGGAGUAAAGUUGCUGAUUUAGCAGCACAAGAAUUAAAAUUAAGACAAAAGAUAUCCCUUUUAUGUCUCAUGGAAAUGACUUUUAAGCGUCAAGCGAACAACCGACAGUUAACAUUUACAGAAAUAUCACAGGAAACUCGUUUACCUUUAGGAGAAGUUGAAUUAUUAGUAAUGAAGGCUUUAGCUCAAGGUUUAGUACGUGGUGCUAUUGAUCAAGUUGCAGGAACUGUUCAUAUGACUUGGGUUCAACCUCGAGUAUUAGAUCGUAGUCAAAUUGCUGGGAUGGUCCAACGACUCGAUGGAUGGUGUAAAGAUGUUAAUUCGAUGGAACAUUUAUUAGAAUCGCGAGCAUCAGAAAUACUAACCCUUUAAUUAACAAAUAUGUUUAAAAUUUUCGUCUACUCAUUUGCAAAUUGUACUUUUCUAUCUCUUCCAAUGAUGGAAGAAACAAGUGUUCGCAUUGCAGAAUAAUAAACUAUGUCCAGUUAAAAAUAAAUAAGAUAACCAAUAAACAAAAUAAAUUUGAUCUACAAAUAACAUAUUGAAAACUAUACAAUUUUAACAUUCUUUUUGCAACUAAUUCACAUAGUUUUAUUUGCAAUGUACCAAUAAAGAAUAUCAAUAGUUAUUUAUUUAAGAAUUUAUUUUUUCAUACAGUUAAUUAUAUAUUUUUAUAAAAGUUCACUGAAAUAGUUGUGUGUAUUUUCAGAAUUAUUAAGUAAUUAAUAUAUUCCCUUGUUAAGCAUGAUGAAUAAAAUAUUUAAAGCGACGAAAUAAAUGUAUAUAGCAAGCAUUUGCAUUACUUCGUCGUAUAUGACGUUAUAUAAUUCGAAGUGUAAAAUAAAAGUUUUAUCACUA